AUGGAUGGUGAUGAUGAUGGCGUUGUUGUCCAUGGACAAGAGCUUCAUCCAAGAAUAGCGCCACAAGUAAGAAAUGAAGGCACGAAGGUGGUUCAGUUAAUUACGGAAGCAAAAGACAAAGCGGGCAAAUUUUCUUCCAUAGUUGAUUUAAUCUUAGAAACCCAAAAGCAAAUCGUGCAAAACAGCGAAACUUCUCAGAGUGAAGUAUUUUUUGGCAAAUUGAAAGCUUACCGAACCAUUCUUGCAAGUGUUUUGGCUGAAGAAGAGCUCCAAACCCUCUUAAACAAACAAAAAGAAUUCCUAGAAAUAGAAAAGCACUGA